AUGUCAUUCCUCUCCAGCCUAUGCGGCUGCUUCUCCCACAAACAUGCUUCCCCGCACUCGCCUCAACCCGAGAUGCAAAGCACCAGACAACACCACAGCCAAACUCACUCCCACAGCGGCAUCCAGACUGGCCGUUUCAUUCUCUCCGGCGAGGGGGAAUUCAUCCGAGCCGCAGGUGCCAGCGAACAAGACGGGCACGGACCCCCGCCGGAUGACUCGAACGGAGGCUAUGCAAGCGUGGUCCCGCUUCCGCAGUACACGUUGCGCCCGACAAGCAUCCACGAGAAGACGCUUGAGGGGAAUAUGCGUGAUCCGUCGAUCUCGUCAGACUCCCAGGCUUAUUUUGCCGACGAGAAGAAUCGCAAUCUCUACGAUGAGGAUGUGAGCUCCGAUAGUGCUUCGACUCUCUCGUAUCCCAGUAGCUAUGGUAAUACUUCGACUGCGACACGCGAGACCCCGCCGCCGCCUUACUCGCCUCGUCACUCGGCUAUGCUUUCAAGAUCGAGGUCUAUCUCUAUCUCGUCGGCGAUGGCUGUGACUCUUAAUGCUCCGCCGAUGGCGAGGGUGCAUGGGGGCCGGACAACGGCGCCUUCGUCUGAGGCGGAUGAUAUCUCGAUUCGUCGUCAUCGGAGGGGCUCGUGGGAGAGCCGUUGA